AUGAGCGGGGAAGUGAAGGAAUUGGUGCACUGGCUGCGUAAGUGGGACCCCAUCAACAGGAGUCUCCUUCACUUUGCCAAUCACACUCACGCGCUGUACCCGUUUGAGAUUUCUUGUAAAAUUCUGCGGGCAGUGUCCUCGUCCUCAGUUUCUCUGGUUGGAGGGCAUGAGGGCAGUGAGGCAUCACCACAACCGGAGGAAACCGAAGGGGGAAUGGUGUUGGCAGGAAAUGCCGAGGAGGAGGCUUCGGCAGCCUUCACUGAGGCAGCGGAUAGUAGCAACAUAUCGGUUUUGUACGCACGGGUGUAUGAUAUGCUUUCCACCUUCGGCAAAGUAGAGUUCUGGUCGAACGCUGUCAUUUUUCAGCACUUGCUUGUCUCGUCCCUUUUGGCGUGGGUGGCGCGGUUGUGUGCGAGCAGCGGCGAUCGUCUGCAUGCGUGCCCAGCCAUAUCCAUUGAGGAGUUGACCCCGCAAUUGCUCUGGUGGAAGUCCCAUGAGUUGAGGGAUGUUUGGGAAGAAGCGGUGAGAAACAACAGCAGACCGUGGACGGAGCUGGCGGGGCUGAUGUCGACGGAGGCGGAGACGGAUAGAAAGCGUUCUCGAGAGCGAUCAUUGGUCACAGUCACGUCGUGCGCAUCAUCAUUGGAGUUGCGGCCGCAUAAAGUUGGCGAAGGUGAGUGCAAUUCCGGAGCAAGGCCUCAUGGACAAGAGGAGCGGAAGAAAACGGAAGAGGAGGUGGAGGAUAUACUGGACCUACACAGUCUUGUCACCUUCGCCCUGCACUAUUGUCGAAUGCGGUGGAUUCUGAAAGUUGUUUUUCUGCGCGUGGAUGUUGAGAUGAACGACAUUGCAUGGCGUAUCAUGCGAAGUUGUGUCCACGCAACACUGGAGCAGAAUAGUACGAUGAUACGUAGAGUCCUGUGCCGCACGGUUGAAUAUUGUGUAAAGGGCUCUCAGAGUCCUGACGGCUUCAAGGCAGUGGAGCUGUCUCAGGUAGAAGGACAGGAGUGUUUCAAUGACUUUUCCUCAUCCUCAGUGUCACUGGAUGCAUUGAGGCGUUUAAGGAAUCGUGAAAUUUCGCUGGUCUGUCGAGUGUUUUCAAUGUUGGAUGAGUGUUGUGUUCAUGAUAUUUCUCGCUUUGCUACCGAUGGGGUCGUUCAGUUCAAUCAACAGCACGGCUAUGAACUGGCAUGCCGCAACUUGGGACCUCUUGUUGUGUCCAAUGGAAAAGACGAAAAGGAAAAAGUGCCAGCUCUUCAGGAUGCCUUUGUAGCGUUGCAGAACUGCAACAAUGGUUUCAUGCGACUGCGCGCUGCUAUGCUGCUUUACUUUGGCGGCACAACACAUUACGUGGAUGAGUUGUCAGGGCCUGGACGCGAAAGAGUGGCACAGGCGGAACGUGCAUUCUCCGUUGGGUUCUGCCAAGGGGUCGUUCUGCUUCAAUUUGUUGAUGUGUGGACCCUACCUCUGUGGUUAUGUGCGUGCGAGGAGGAACAUGAACGGCGACUUUUUUCUGCUUCCCGACACGCGCGGUGGCUCAGCGUGGACGAUAUGUCUGAAGGACGCGACAGCUCCAUUGUUUUUCGUUCCUUUAGUGAAGCAGUGUCGCAGCUGGGCGAGGUGGAGAACAUCAAAAACAAGUACAGUUUACAUAUUAGUAGUUUGCCGCUGAGGCCGGGGCUUGAGACGCUGAUCUUUUUUCUUAGCCCAGAGCCGAAGCUGCUCUCGGAGUUUGAAACGCGUUUUGCGGCAUCUGUGCGCAGAUAUCUUGAGGAACUCCUUCAGAAGUCGCAUACGAACGGAACACCACUGCGGGCUCUUCCGCGUGACGUUUACCAGCGCUGUGUGUUUCUCCUCCGUCUGACGAAUCAGCUGCUGGAGGCGUCUGCCGCAGCCGGGUGUGAGGGGGCGCACGCAACAUUGCGCGCAGUGCGGAGGGGCAUGCAAACCUUCUUUGUGGAGCGUGAGCCGUGUGUAAUACUCACCCUGGCAAGUGCUCUUCAUGCCCAGGUGACUGGGAGGAAUCCGCAUGGGGGUUCAAAUGGUGACGAUGACAAUAACAUGCGUGGCUUUGGUGGCGCAUAUCUUGAGGUCCUUGACACAAUUCUAGAGCUUGCCUCUCUUCUUCACUCGAAGGAUCUUUUUGUGAAUUGUUAUUGUGGCCUGUUGGCAACCCGGCUUAUGAUGGCACAGCACGCGUUGACGUUGGAUAUCGACACGGAAGCCAUUUCACGUAUGGCAAUACGUCUAGGGGAUUCACUCGCGGCAGAACCCUUUGCGCUGCUCCGUGACGUCCGUGCUAGCAUGACGGAUCCACGCUGCAUCACACCCGACACCGGGGGCGUGCAGCAGUCUGAGCUUCUUCGACACGUGCGAGUCCUCUGCAGAAUCCGCUGGGAGAAGUACGCUCUUGUUACGGUGAGGCUGUCAGAGGUGCAGCGCUGCUUCGAGGAAGAGCAGUGGUUUGACGCGGGAAUGUUGCACGCGAUGCAGUCAUUUGAGAAACGCUUUGACACCACCGAAGGCAGUGCGUCGGGAAACAAUUUGAAACUGAAUGCUUCCCUUUUGGGGAGUCGUGACGCCGGAUUUUUUGGCGGUCGUGGGAGCCUUGGGAACGACGAUGAAGAGGAGAGUCAUGUGAUUUCCCGGAAUGAUCACGUGUUGACUGCGGCUGGCGGUGGGGGUGGUGCAGGUGGUGAUCGAAGCGCCGGGUCCUCCCGCAGUUCUCCUCUUGGGUCCGCCUCUCUCCCCGCGGCAGGAGGCGCGGUGCAGCGGCGGCGGCUCUCUUGGUCCCUUGGAAGUGGCGUGCUUACUGUGGUGUGCCACGCGGCGAGGGGGAGUCCGGGCGACGCUGCCUCGAGUGUGCAGCUGGUGAUGCCGCCCGUCGGUCUGCUGCUGCUGCAGGCACUCGAGCGAUACGGCGACUCCUCGACCACGGCGUCAUUGUCAGGCCCCACUCGCUGCACGUUAGAAUUUCUGCACGGCAAACUGCCUGUCGAUGUGCCGAAGCCACUCCUCGCUGCCGUUUUGGGCGGACUUGUGCGGCACCGCAUCGUGCGGCGAACCGUCCACGCCGGCAGCCACGGCAAUGACGGUGGCGAUGGCGAUGGCGGUGGGUUCAGCACGUACGGUUUGCCGGCAUCGUUUGAGGGCUGCAAGAAGCGGAAGGUCGUCAUUGAUGUUGAAAACGCGAUGCACCACUGGGUGCCGUACUUGCAGGAGGGCCCGGAUGACAGCAAGGCAAUUGUCAUGACGGUCGACGGCAUUAUUGACACGGAACGGCUGAGGAAGCUGGAGGCGGGCAUCGUACGCAUCAUGAAGGAAAAACGUUCUCUUUCGCAUUUCGAUCUUUUUGCCUCCGUUGCAGAACUACUCAUGACGCAUUUUGUGGUCACGGCCCCGGUAUUCAAGCGCUGCAUGGCACGACUCAUUGAACGGGAGUUUAUUGCAAGGAGUGAACGAGACACGUAUGUUUACGUUGCCUAA